CGCGCUAUUGUUAAUGUGUUACGACUUAUGGCUUUAUCAUUCGCGCGGCGACACUCGAGCACUGAAGUAGUGGUGCGAAACGCUUCGUAUAUUGUCGAAUUCUUCCUCUAAACGCGAUCGCGACUAAUAUUGAAGCAUAAUUCGCUAUGAUUAUUACAAAAUUAAAUUUUGAUAAACGACACGAAACUGUAUCGCGAUGAUAAAUCAUUUUUUUUGAAGCGCUGUGCAUACGAUUGUUCCGCGAUUGGGAAAGCCGUGCAAAGUGUCCCGCGAUCAUCACGUAUUCAAUUAAUCAUAAUUAACUGUGUUUUCGCGAGUAAGUGUAAGUGCUACGUGGAUACAGCAAAGGAACGAAAUAGGAGAAAAGAACUUCGGAAAAGCAUCAGACAACGGAUGAAGCGACGAUAUGCGCACGGAUAUCCACCAACCGGUCGUUUUACCAUGGCAUCAAAUAGUGUCUGGCCAUGUAGUUUCGCUGGCUCUAAAAUGGAUCCAGGUAGCGCCACUGUACUAGCUAGGAAAACGGUCUCACGAAAAACGGCGUCGUGGCCCCUCUCAGGCUUCUCUCUGGUGCAACCGAGAUCCGAGAUGUGUGUUUUCUGAAGACGAUAACUGCUAUCAACAUAAACAUAAUAGGUUGAAAGUACUCAAAAAAAAAAGGGAAAGAAAGAAUAAGUAUAUGAGAAAAAAUGUAUCUCAAUAUUUGGAUGACUGACUCAAAAAGCUGAUUAAUUUAAAUCUAAUGAUAAAUUUUAUACUAUACAUAUUGUGAUCAAAUUUAUUAUUGAUUAAUUAAUUGCUAGAAUAAAUCAAUGCUAUACUAGAAAUUAUUUUAAUAGCUCGUAUUAUAUAUUGCAUUAUAUUUAAAUAAACUUUUAUUAACAUUGAUAUGUUAACUUCAAACUUUGAUGAUAUGUGGUAAUCAGAUGGGGAAGAAAAGAAAUAUUCAACCUCCGCCAAUAAUGCCAGGGCGGAUAAAAGUGGAAAUAAAAGAUGAAAUAGGAGAUAGUGAUGUCUUGGUAGCGAGAGAUCGUUUGAAAGGUGCUCUUCGAGAAUUAUUACAACAUAGUGACACAGGUUCAUCAGCAGACUCAGGCGAAGAAAGUUCUCCUCAGGAUUAUAAACAUUCAAUGAGAAAGAUGACAAAAUCCAUUAAUCUCCAACAACCGCGAAAAGUCAGACGUCGCCGACAAGUACAGACUGAUACAGCAUUUCAUCAUACAUAUGUGAUGAAACUAUUUGAUCGCAGUGUUGAUUUAGCUCAAUUUCGAGAAGACACACCACUUUAUCCCAUAUGUCGUGCUUGGAUGGCCAAUCAACCAAGGAAUCCUAAUUUGGUUCCUAAAGUACGUAGCCCAAGUCCAGAAAUAGUUAAUGAAAUUAAUAUAACAAAUAAUUUAAUUGAUGCUAAUGGAGAGCUAAAUGAUGUCCAUUAUUUGCCAACUCCAUUGCCUCGUGAGGAGGCCAUACCAAGAAAUCGCAUUCCAUCUCCUAUAUUCGGAGAGAAGGAUGACUUAAACUUAGAUUAUGAAGGACAAACUCUCAAAUCACGGGAACAAUUAAUGAAAGAGCAUAUUACACGAUGGAAUGCUAUUCGCAAAAAAUGGCAUCAGCAAGCACAUAAAAAUGAACAACGUUAUAUACAGAGUGCUACUAUACUUAGCACCAUUUUUACAAAGGCGCAAGCAGAGUUUGAAUAGCAGAGAUAUGGCAGUCCAAUGACUGCCAGUUCUUGCAUCACUGAUAAUUACAUUUCUGAUAAUUUUUAUUACGUCAUCAAGGAAUAAUUUCUUAUUUGUCUUAUUUUUCUACAUAAUUUCAUUGGUAAGUGAAUGCAUAAAAUAGGGCUAUAUUUAUACAUGUCUUAUAUGAAUGCAAUUUUUAUUUAUAAUGCCCAGAAGUUGUAAUCAUGUUUUAAUAACAUUACAAAAUAUUGAUUCCUCACUUUAAUACAAAACGACAUUGUAAUACUUGUAAGUUUAUUCUUUUAAUAAAAAUAAACGCAAUAUAUAAUAAUCAAUUUUUGUCUUUAAAACACCAUGUUUUAUAAAGAGCUUAUGUGUACAUACAUAAUCCUCUAAUAUAGUGUAUCAAUCAAAUAACAUACAAAAAUAAAAUUUACUUAUCUCAAAUAUAAA